CACACACACACACACACACACACACACACACACACACACACACACACACAAUAAAAAAGUGUGUUACGUCAACAGUCCCCAAGGUCACAGACACAAACAGGUCAUGGUCAUAUCGGUUAUGCCACUUGUUGUUCCCCUUGACUGCCGCCAGACACCAACAUUGUCAUGUACCCAGACGCUCAGAGUAAAAACCUAUAUUAUAGUCAAAUGUACCAAUCGAACACAGCCAUGACAGGCGCUGACAAAAUUGACCUAUCGGUGAGAGGUCGGAGUUCGAUGACCUGUUGGGGGGCUGGGGGCUUGGGUGCGUGUUUGUGUGUGGGGGUGUCAAGAUGACUAUAGUCUAUAGUCAAUUUGCUUAUUGACAGUUGAUGCAUUUUGUGGUUACGUUACACCCCCCCCCCCUCCGGCAAAGUGUCUUUGUGGGCCCGUGAGCCCUUAGGGGGUCAAUUGUGUAACAUUUUGUAAUAAAGCUGCAGUCUUUUAUGAAACUGAAAAGGCCUAUAUAUAGGGCCUACAAGCGAAGUGGUAGUUCAGCUGCAGGCCUGCGAAAAAGAGCAAGUUCGUUAGAGGAUUAUAACUUAUAACAAAGACAUAUUGGGCUAUCGCGUCACGCUGUGACAGCUCUCAUAUGGGUGGUGUUUUGUGACAAGGUGUAUAAUAUUUUUUGCCACCGUCACGAGCCAUUGAGAGACAAUGGUGUGUUCCCAGAAUAGAGUAUAAACAACUCCGGGCAGUUGCAAUUUGUCAGUGUAAGAAUAAUAAGAUGCGGAUCGAAGCGGACUGCAGGCCUAGUCAGAAUAUGGGAAAUCACAAGACUGAUCAGGCCCCCCACCCCCCAAACCCUCCCAACAACAACAACAAACAAACAAACAGAAACAACAACAACAACAAAAAAGCCCCCCCCCCUCCCACACACACUCACAAAAAACAACAAAAAACAACCCCCAAAACAAUCAGAUAACCCACGAACGAGGACCUUACAUGCCCACGAAGCAAGUCGAAGUGUGAAGGUAAAAUGGACAUUUUAGUACAUUAUAUGCUACAAUUGUUUUAAUUCUGCUCUAAAGAAUUUGUAGAAUCUGCCCCCCCCCCUUUUUUCGACCCAUCCCAACCCAUCCGUUUAUUUAUACACAGAUAAAAGGUAGAAAUGUUUAAAGACAAAAUGUGAAGAAAAAAAACCCCCAUUGGAUCCAACAAAGCAAUCAAAUUCAGUUUAACCUGACAGACGAAGCAAUAACUUUUUUUUUUAGUUUGAAAUGGCUUCACACUUGACGAAACUAUUCCUUAAAUAUAAGAAAGAGUACGAGGAUGGGAGCUAAAAUAGUAACAUUGUCAACGACUCACGAAAAGACAUCCAAAUCCACUUAGAAAAUUCCGUGAUCGUCUUGGCCCCGGGCCUACCGGUACUUCAUUUUUAUGAGAAUGGUAACUUCAACUUAUGAAUAAUACGGAGAAUUGAAACAAAGACGACUGCUUUCUCUGCGCAUGAUCGUUGAAGAAAAAUAGAAAACUUACUGAACUUCCUGUUAAAAGAACGAGCUCAGCGGUCCCGUUGCCGACUGUUGUUUAUGUGUGUAAGUUCUGUGGAGAAAAUAACCGGCCCAAGAUGGCAAGUGUGUCGUACCACAUCGCAAAUUUGCUUGAGAAGAUGAUGUCUUCGGACAAGGACUUCAGGUUCAUGGCCACAAAUGACUUAAUGGCAGAGUUGCAGAAGGAUUCCAUUAAGCUUGAUGAUGACAGCGAGCGCAAGGUUGUAAAGAUGCUCUUGAAGUUGCUGGAGGACAAGAAUGGUGAAGUUCAAAAUUUGGCUGUAAAAUGCUUAGGUCCGCUGGUCAGCAAGGUCAAGGAGUUUCAGGUGGAGACGAUAGUGGACACGUUGUGCAGCAACAUGCUGUCGGACAAAGAACAGCUCAGGGAUAUUUCCAGUAUCGGUUUGAAGACAGUGAUCACAGAGCUGCCCCCAUCCUCCACGACCCUUGCUGCCAGCAUCUGCAAGAAAAUCACCACAAGACUGACCAAUGCUAUUUCCAAGCAAGAGGAUGUGUCUGUACAGCUGGAGGCCCUGGAUAUUCUGGGAGAUCUGCUCAGCCGAUUUGGUGGUCUGCUGAUCAGCUUCCACAUCACCAUCAAGCAAGCUCUGCUGCCACAGCUGGCCAGCCCCAGACUGGCCGUCAGGAAAAGGGCCAUUAUUGCCAUAGGCCACCUGGUGAUGAGCUGCAGCACGGCGUUGUUCAACGAGCUCAUCGAGUUCCUGCUCACCGAGCUCACCAAGAACACGUCCACCUCCACAACACGCACUUACAUACAGUGUGUCGGCGCCAUCAGUCGGCAGGCUGGAAGCAGAUUCGGAGAGUACCUGGACAAGAUGGUGCCGCUGAUCGUCAAGUUUUGCAAGACGGAUGACGAUGAGCUGACGGAGUUCUGCCUGCAGGCCUUCGAGUCCUUCGUGCGGCGAUGCCCCAAGGAGGUGUCCAACUUCAUUCCAGAUAUCAUCAGCAUCUGCCUGAAGUACGUGUGCCACGACCCCAACUAUAACUACGACGACGAUGAGGACGAGGACAUGGACACAGACCUGCAGGACGAGGACGACGAUGAUGAGUCGGAGGACGAGUACAGUGACGACGACGACAUGAGCUGGAAGGUGCGGCGCUCGGCGGCCAAGUGCCUGGAGGCCGUGGUCAGCACGAGACAUGACAUGCUGCCUGAGUUCUACAAGACUGUCUCGCCCGCGCUCAUCGCAAGGUUCAAAGAGCGUGAAGAGAAUGUGAAGACAGACAUCUUCCAUGCAUACAUCGCCCUGCUGAAGCAGACGCGGCCAGUGAUUGUGGUGGGUGGAGACAACAUGGAGGAGGAGGAAGGGCCUCUGAACAUGCUCCAGGCCCAGAUCCCUGACAUAGUUCGCGCCGUGCACCGCCAGCUGCGAGAGAAGAGCAUCAAGACUCGCCAGGGCUGCUUCAGUCUGCUCACAGAGCUGGUGCUGGUGCUGCCGGGGGCGCUGGAUCAGCACCUCAGCAGCCUCAUGCCGGGGAUACAGUACUCUCUAGGGGACAAGAACUCCAGCUCCAACAUGAAGAUCGACACGCUGUCCUUCCUGAGCACGCUACUGGCACACCACAGCAGUGCUGUGUUCCACCCGCACAUCAAGGUCCUGGUGCCGCCUGUAGUGAAUGCGGUGAGCGACCCGUUCUACAAGAUCACCUCGGAGGCUCUGCUGGUUACACAACAGUUGGUCAGGGUCAUCAGACCUCUAGAUUCCCAGUCAUCGUUUGACUACAAGCCGUACGUCAAGAGUCUGUACGCCUGCACGGUGAAGCGGCUGAAGGCGGCCGACAUUGACCAGGAGGUGAAGGAGCGUGCCAUUGCCUGCAUGGGUCAGAUCGUGGCAAACCUGGGCGACUCGCUGCAGAUGGAGCUGAAGGAGUGUCUGCCCAUCUUCCUGGAGCGACUCAAGAACGAGAUCACCCGACUGACCACGGUUAAGGCUCUCACCCUCGUUGCUCAAUCUCCACUGAAAAUUGACAUCAGAUUCAUUCUGGAAGAAGGAUUUCCGAUCUUGGCCUCAUUUCUGCGGAAGAACCAACGUGCGCUCAAACUGAGCACCCUACAAUGUCUUGAUGUCGUCGUAGAAAAUUAUGGUAACGCGGUGAACAGCAGCAUGAUAGCAGACGUGAUGAAGGAGAUGCCUCCGCUCAUCAACGAGAAUGACCUGCAUAUCUCACAGUUGACUUUGAACCUGCUGACGACCAUCUCGCGGGGUCACAAGUCGUCCAUCGCCAACACGCAGGCGGAGAUCCUGCCACAGAUCCUGGAGCUGGUCCAGUCACCGCUGCUCCAGGGGGGAGCUCUCAACGCCGUGCUCGAGUUUUUCCGUGCUCUCAUCACACUGGGCCUGCCCAAACUGGGCUUCCGGGACCUGCUACAGAUGUUGAACAUGCCAGUGUAUGACCCUCGCAACUCGACCGGACCUAUCCACAGACAGGCGUACCAUUCCAUCGCCCGCUGCGUGGCCGCCCUGACGGAGAUGAGCCCCCUGGAGGCCUCCAAGGUCGUGAGCCAGUUCGUCAGCGACAUCAAGAACCCUAAGUCCACGGAGCACAUCGUCCUCUUCGCCCUGCUGGCCCUCGGAGAGAUCGGGAAGAACAUCGAUCUGAGCUCCCACGGAGACAUCCAGAAUGUCAUCCUAGAGUGCUUCUCCUCCACCAAUGAGGAGGUCAAGUCAGCAGCUUCUUACGCCCUAGGUAAUGUGAGCGUGGGCAACCUGCCAAAGUUCCUGCCCUUCGUCCUCCAGGAGAUUGAGAGUCAGCCAAAGAGGCAAUACCUGUUGCUGCACUCCCUCAAAGAGAUCAUCAACUGUGAGUCCAGCUCCCCCGGAGGCCUGGAGAUUUUGAAGUCUUACGUCAAGACCAUUUGGCAAAUGCUGUUCCACAACUGCGAGUGCCCGGAGGAGGGCACGCGUAACGUGGUGUCGGAGUGCAUGGGCAAGCUGACCCUGGUUGACCCGCAGAACCUGAUCAACAGCCUGCGGAAACACCUCAACGACCCCUCCCCCCUGGCCCGCAGCACCGUCGUCACAGCCAUCAAGUUCACCAUAUCAGACCAGCCUCAGCCAAUAGACCCCCUCCUGAAGAUGUGCAUCGGCGACUUCCUGCGCACCCUGCAAGACACAGACCUGACGGUACGCCGUGUGGCCUUGGUGACCUUCAACUCAGCGGCUCACAAUAAACCCUCGCUGAUCCGCGACCUUCUGGAGACCGUGCUGCCUCAUCUGUACAACGAGACCAAAGUCAGGAAAGAGUUGAUCCGAGAGGUGGAGAUGGGACCCUUCAAGCACACCCUGGAUGACGGACUGGACAUCAGGAAGGCUGCGUUUGAGUGCAUGUACACGCUGCUGGACUCGUGCCUGGACCGCCUGGACAUCUUUGAGUUCCUGAACCACGUGGAGGAUGGGCUCAAGGACCACUACGACAUCAAGAUGUUGACCUACCUCAUGCUGGUCAGACUGUCGCACCUGUGUCCGUCCGCUGUGUUGCAACGUCUGGACCGUCUAGUGGAGCCGAUCCGCGCGACCUGCACCACCAAGGUCAAGGCCCACUCGGUGAAGCAGGAGUACGAGAAACAAGAGGAGCUGAAGAGGUCGGCGUUGAGGGCAGUGGUGGCUCUGCUCAACAUCUCUGACGCUG